CGUUUACGAGUUUAUUUUGUGUAAUCCGAUGACUUUGUGAUAAUUACAAAGUUUCUACUACUAUUUUUUCAUUAUGAGAGUGAGCCCAGGACAGUAUGUAAGAGCAACUUUUGAUUUUAACACAACAGAAUCAGGGGAGAUAAAUCUAAAAACAGGGGAAGUACUUCUUGUUACUGAUGUAAUAAAUGAGAAUUGGAUAUGUGGUGAAAUAGACCAUCGUAAAGGAAGUUUUCCUGUAAAUUUCGUAGAAGUCAUCGAUGUACCUCAGACGUCUAAUGGACAGAAACUAUUUUUAGCUACAGAAAGUUUUCAAUCAACGGAACAUGGUGACUUGAAUUUCAGAAAAGGGGAAAUAAUCCUGGGAUUAAAAGCUGUGGAUGAUAAUUGGUGGAAUGGACGCGUGGGAAAAAACACCGGCAUUUUCCCCAAAACAUUUGUCAAAUCGUUACCAACUUUACAACAACAGAACAACUCUACAGCUUUAACUAACGGCAACUCUCAAGCGUCACCAAAAUCAGAUAAUUCCAUCCGUGUCCCUUUUAAAGCCACUGCUUUGGUUGACGUCACACCACAAUUAGAUUAUGAGUUAGGUUUCAGAGCAGGGGAUGUUUUAACUGUCAUUGAAAUCGUGGAUGAUGAUUGGAUAGAAGCUGAAUUAGACGGGCAAUCAGGACUCGUGUCAUCUGUUUGCGUUGAUUUACCCAAAAACUGU